AUGAAGCCUUUUACUGCAUAUCCUUCUGGGUUUAUCGUAUUCCUGUUUGCCUUGCUGCAGCGAAGCCAUGGACAAUGCAAAGAAGCAGCUAAAAAAUCAGAGAUGGAUCUGAGUGUAAAAUAUGAUCUUCCUAACUUCAUCGCAGAAACACCAAUUCAGAAUGUAGUUUUAUACAAGCACCAUGUUUAUAUUGGAGCAGUCAACAAGAUUUAUGUCCUAAAUGAAACUCUCCAGAACAUUUCUGUGUACAAGACUGGGCCUGUUUUGGAGAACCCUGACUGCGCGCCAUGUGAAGACUGCAAAGAUAAAGCCAAUUUAUCUAAUAGCGUGUGGAAGGAUAACGUCAACAUGGCGCUGCUCUUAGAAACUUAUUAUGAUGAUCAGCUCAUCAGCUGUGGUAGUGUUUCUGGAGGCGUCUGCCACCGUCACAUCAUUCACCCUGACAACCCUGCUGACAUCGAAAGCGAGGUGCACUGCAUGUAUUCACCCCGGGUGGACGGAGAAGCCGAUAAUUGUCCCGACUGUGUUGUAAGCACUUUAGGAACCAAAGUUCUGGUGACCGAAAAGGACAGGUUUGUCAACUUCUUUGUUGGAAAUACUGUGACAUCUACACUUCAGCCUCCUUAUGUGCUGCAUUCAAUAUCAGUUAGAAGGUUAAAAGAAACGCAGGAUGGUUUUGAAUUUCUCACAGAUCAGUCUUAUAUAGAUAUCCUCCCUCAGUUCCGUGACUCAUAUCCCAUUAGCUACGUCCAUGCCUUUGAAAAUGAUCACUUUGUCUAUUUUCUGACUGUCCAGAGAGAAUCUCUUGACUCCCAGACUUUUCACACUAGAAUUAUCCGCUUCUGCACUUUAGACUCAGAGAUGCGUUCUUACAUGGAAAUGCCUCUUGAGUGUAUUUUCACUGAAAAGCGGAGGAAGAGAUCCAUCCGAAAGGAGGUAUUCAACAUUUUGCAAGCUGCCUACGUAAGCAAGCCAGGUGCAGCUCUAGCCCACGAAAUGGGCCUUGGGUUGAACGAUGAUAUUCUCUACGGCGUUUUUGCACAAAGCAAACCAGACUCUUCCGAACCAACCAACAGAUCUGCUGUCUGCGCUGUCUCUGUGCGAACCAUCAAUGAGUUCUUCAACAAGAUUGUGGACAAGCAGAACAUGAAAUGUCUCCAGCACUUUUACGGGAAAGAGAGCAAAUACUGCUUGAACAGGGCUUUUUCAAGAAAUGCUUCAUACUGCAGAGCACAAGAUGAUGAAUAUCGCUUAGAAGUUACGACUCCUUUGCAGAGGGUUGACUUGUUCAUGGGCCAGUUCAACAGUGUCCUGUUGACUUCGAUAUCUGUCUUCACCAAAGGCAACCUUACAGUUGCUAAUCUGGGAACUUCGGAGGGCCGCUUCAUGCAGAUAGUGGUUUCCCGUUCAGAACUCACAGCUCCACAUGUCAGCUUUCAGCUAGACUCCCACCCCGUCUCUCCCCAGGUUGUUGUUGAGAAUUCUGUAGCAGAUGAUGGCUAUACCCUGGUAGUGACUGGCAAAAAGGUAACGAAGAUCCCGCUGGCGGGGCCGGGCUGCAUCCUCCCGAGCAGUGCUCCCUUAGAAGGUGGGACAAAACUGACGCUGUGUGGAUGGGACUUUGGAUUCAGCAAAAAUAAUAGAUUUGAAUUAAAAAAUACAGUAGUGCAUAUUGGAGGACAAAUUUGUGCUCUGGAAGCAAAAUCUAGCAACAAAAACAAGCUGGAAUGCACAGUUCCUGCUGCAAAAAAUCCAACUUUUAAUAUAUCCAGUAGUGUUUCUGUUGGACAUGGCAAAACACAAUUCAAUACAUUUUCAUACGUGAAUCCUGUAAUAACAAGUAUCUCUCCCACCUAUGGCCCCAAAUCUGGAGGAACACUGCUAACUAUAGCUGGAAAAUACCUAAACAGUGGAAAAUCCAGAAGGAUUUUUGUUGGUGAGAAGCCAUGCACCUUGAAAAGCGUAUCGGUGAGCACUGUGGAGUGCUACACUCCAGCACAACGAAUUCCCCAGGAAUAUCGUGUGAGGGUGGGAAUCGACGAAGCUAUUCGAGACGCGAGCGGUCAUUUCACAUACAGAGAAGACCCUGUUGUUUUAAAAAUUCAUCCAGCCAAAUCUUUUCUUAGUGGUGGAAGUACAAUCACAGCUCAGGGAAUCAACUUGAACUCAGUGUGCUUUCCUCAGAUGGUGAUUACUGUACCUAAACUAGGAAUGAACUUCUCUGUGGCAUGCAGCCACCGCUCUAGCUCGGAGAUAAUCUGCUGUACAACUCCUUCACUGAAAGCCUUCAAUCUCCAACCACCCUUUGUAACCAAAAUGUUCUUUAUUUUUGAUGGUGUCAGCUCUUUGUACUUUGAUUUUGAUUAUGUAAAUAAUCCUGUAUUUAAGCAUUUUGAAAAGCCAGUGCUCAUCUCAAGAGGCAACCCAAGCAUUUUGGAAAUUAAGGGAAAUUAUAUUGAUUCAGAAGCUGUUAAAGGAGAGGUGCUAAAAGUUGGAAAUAAAAGCUGUGAAAAUCUCCUCCUGCAGUCAGAAUCAAUUCUGUGUACAGUUCCCAGCGAUCUCCUGAAAUCCAACAGCGAGCUAAAUAUAGAGUGGAAGCAAGAAGUUUUGUCAACAGUUAUUGGAAAAGUGCUGAUCCGGCAAGAUCAGAAUUUCACGGGACUAAUUGCUGGAGUUGUUUCAACAUCAGUUUUAAUUUGUAUCUUUUUGAUGGUUUUCCUCUGGAGAAGGAAGAAGAAACAAAUUAAAGAUCUGGGAAGCGACCUAGUGCGCUAUGACGGCAGAGUGCACACACCUCACCUGGACAGGCUGGUGAGUGCGAGGAGUGUAAGUCCAACGACAGAAAUGGUUUCGAGCGAAUCUGUAGACUACAGAUCAACUUUUCCAGAAGAUCAGUUUCCAAGCAUGUCUCAGAAUGGAUCGUGCAGACCUGCCCAGUAUCCUCAUUCUGACCUCUCCCCAAUUCUGUCCAGCGGGGACUCAGAUUUAGCUAGUCCGCUUCUCCAAACUAAUGUCCACAUUGACAUCAGUGCCUUAAAUCCCGACCUGGUCAAAGAAGUGCAGCACGUGGUCAUUGGUGCUGACAGCCUGAUUGUGCACUUCAGCGAAGUAAUAGGAAGAGGACAUUUUGGGUGUGUGUACCAUGGGACAUUGCUGGAUAACGAUGGCAGGAAAAUUCAUUGUGCUGUGAAGUCACUUAAUAGGAUUACAGACCUGGAGGAAGUAGCUCAGUUUCUGAAAGAAGGAAUAAUCAUGAAAGAUUUCACUCAUCCCAAUGUUCUGUCUCUCCUGGGAAUCUGUUUGCCCAACGAAGGAUCCCCCUUAGUUGUUCUUCCAUACAUGAAACACGGAGAUCUUCGAAACUUCAUUAGGAAUGAGACUCACAACCCAACAGUAAAAGAUUUAAUUGGAUUUGGCCUUCAGGUCGCAAAAGGGAUGAAAUACCUUGCAAGCAAAAAGUUUGUCCAUAGAGACUUGGCAGCAAGAAACUGUAUGCUGGAUGAAAAAUUCACUGUCAAGGUUGCUGAUUUUGGUCUUGCUAGAGAUGUCUAUGAUAAAGAAUACUACAGUGUGCACAAUAAAACCGGAGCUAAACUGCCAGUGAAAUGGAUGGCUUUAGAAAGUUUACAAACUCAGAAGUUCACAACGAAAUCAGAUGUGUGGUCCUUUGGUGUGUUGUUAUGGGAACUGAUGACAAGAGGGGCACCACCUUAUCCUGAUGUAAAUUCUUUUGAUAUAACUGUUUACUUAUUACAAGGAAGAAGGCUUCUACAACCUGAAUACUGCCCUGACCCACUGUAUGAAGUCAUGCUGAAGUGCUGGCAUCCAAAACCUGAGAUGCGGCCAGCAUUUUCUGAACUUGUUUCAAAAAUAUCAACAAUCUUCUCCACUUUUAUCGGGGAACACUACGUUCAUGUCAACGCUACUUAUGUCAAUGUGAAGUGCAUUGCUCCCUAUCCUUCUCUUUUAUCGUCACAGGACAACACAGACACGGAUGUUGACACAUGA